AUGUUCGCCUCUAUGAACCUUCUAGAACCUUCAGAUGAAACAAAGUCAGAGAAACUAAUUUCCUCGUCACUUCUGGAAAAUUUGUGUCAAUGUCAAAUUUGUUGCACGAACUUCAACGAAACCACCCGAAUCGCUCAGUUAUUGCAUUGCGGUCACACUUUCUGCAUGGAAUGCAUCGGAAACAUUCAAAAAUACGGAAACUCUGCCUAUUUGGAGUGCCCAACUUGUCGUGCAGAGACAAAAUGCGAUUUGAACGAUAUUGCGACAAAUUUUCUAGCGAUGGAAAUGAUUCGCAAACUCGAAAUGAUGGGACCAGCUGAAGCUGCAUCAGUGAAAGAGCCAAAACGUGCACGAGCUGCUCGAAGAGAGCGAACUAUCGAUGAGAUGGUUGAUGAGCAAUAUCGUCAAUUGAUAGCAGAUGUCAAAGGAGAAUUGAUGCUAAAAUUUGAGGAUUUGAGAGAACGUCUCCGAAAAUCUGCAAUUCAAUCCGCGCAAUCAGAACUCGAAGAUUUGAGUUCAACAGUGAUGGAAGCUGUUCGGGACGCUUAUGAUGGAAUUUCGGACACCGAAGAGGAAGAAUCAGAAGAAGAUGACGAUGUCAGUGGAGAUACUGACAACAAGGAAGAUGACGAUGAUUUGAGUGUCGUUUCAAUGUCAACUGCCAUGUCAUUUGCUUCAGCUAAAAGUGGGGUUAUCGAGGAAGCUCGUCAUACAUCACCAAAUUCAUCAAUCGUUGUCAUUAAGAAUCCACUUCGUUCAUCUGAUGAGUCAAGCGAUUCUUCUUCUGGAGAUGAAAGUGAUUCCGAGGAGGACAGCGAUGAAGAUAAUAUUUCGUCUUCUGAUUAG